CGAGAAUACAAGCAAGUCCGACGAUUACACGCCAGUUCCAGUGUUGACAGUAUUAAUAAUGUCAAUGUUUGGAGCUUUUAACCGAUUCAUCGGGCGCCUGGACGCCGAGCCUGUCCAGCAAUCUCGCCAGAAUUCGACGGGGGAUAGCUCGUUCGGCUUCCAAGUGCUACGUAACAAGGACGCCGAGCUACCUCUAGAGCCUUGGUUUGAUUUUAUCGUGGGCAUCAAUGGUCACCCGAUUGAGGACCCGGAUCCAAACCUGUUUGCUACCGAAGUCCGAAACUGUGCUGGGUCGAGUGUGACGCUGGAGAUCUGGAGUGCAAAGGGCCAACGGACACACACAGUCUCGAUCCCCGUCUCCCCUACGAACCCCGCCCUCGGGCUCGCACUGCAGCUGGCACCGCUCUCCUCGACGCAACAUAUCUGGCAUGUGCUGAAUAUUCCGUCGCCGCUGAGCCCGGCGUAUCGCGCCGGCCUGCUGCCACACUCGGACUACAUCAUCGGUACCCCGAGUGGCACGUUACGCGGCGAGUCUGCGCUGGGUGAGCUGGUCGAGGACCACCUGGACCGCACUCUGGUGCUGUGGGUGUACAAUAGCGAGUUUGACGUGGUGCGCGAGGUCGAGCUCGUUCCGACUAGAGGUUGGGGCGGCGAAGGGGCCCUAGGCGCCGAGCUGGGCUAUGGCGCCUUACAUCGCCUACCUGUUGGGUUGGGAGAGGAAGUCGAGGGUCCCGGGGAGGUGGUCUUUGAAACGAGAGAAGAUGGCACUUCUGGAUUCGCACAGGGCUACUCGCAGACCGUCUCGCCUCAUACUGCGACUGAAGAUACCGGGGCACCUGUCGGCCACUUUCUGAUUCCUGCAAACAUGGCCUCGCCUCCUCCGCUUCCCACGUCGGGCAACAAGGCAGAGCCUCGACACAGCGGCGGACGUCGCGCGGGGAGAACACGGCCAGGAGUCGUCUCGCCAGACAGGGCCUUUGACGAGUACUUUGCUGAAGGAGAACAGAAGAGCCGGGAGCAGGAUUUUGCACCCUCCCGCCGGGGCACUCCCCUGCCGCCGCCUCCGAAACUGGGGGGUGCCAAUCCCACUGAGAGUGGGCCAGAGUCAACCAAUUGAUACGAGACCACUAGUUAUAUUUGAUUCUGUACAGUAAAGAUACCAAUUACGUUGAUGUGCUCAAAUAGGUGCCCAGCUCGAGGCACAAACGUAUAGCGAGAACAUGGU